AUUCUGCAGACCCUAGGAACAGCAUUUGGCCCCGCAUCGGAGCUUCGAGCCUCAGUCCCGUUUUUUCCCCACCGAAGGCAACACUAGGCACCGUCGCGUGUGUUUUUCUGUCGUCGGCGUUUUCGACGAGACGAAAACUAAGAAACAACAAAAAUCUCUGCGUUUUUAGAGUGUCUCUGUAUGUAUGCGCAUUCUCUGCGCUCCGCGUGUGCAGCUGUGUGUGUGUGUUUUUGUGUGCCAAAGCAAAGAAUCAAAAAUAAUUUCAAGCAUUUGUGUGUAGGUGUGUAGGUGCAUGUGCGUGCGAGAAGUAGCCGAAAAAUAAAGUUGAAGCUGAUAAAAAAAAGGGCAAUAACAAAAAGCCAAAGCCACAUAAAUAAAUGCAGAGCAAAGAGGAGGAGGCGAAGCAACAAAAACAACAGUUAGCGUGGAAGAAGCAGCGUGGGUGAAGUGGAGUAGAAGAAGCGGCAGGGCAGAGAAGUUUUUGCUAUAUUUAGAAGAUUCGAAGAGAGAGAGUGAGCAAGAGAGAGAGAGGGAGAUUGGAAGGCAUUGGAAGACAGAGAGGAGCGAAGCGUUUGUUUGCCGGCUGCUGCAGCGACGAAAUUCUUACAUAACGGAAUCCUUGGCAGAGAAAACCAACCGAAAGGAGAGAAAACAAGGAAACAAACAAUAAAUAAACAAAAUAAAACAAACAACCAAACUAUAAGCAAAAUAACAACAAAAUCAUAAUAAAUUAAUAUCUUAACAAUAUUAAAAAUAUAUACAAAUAAUCAAAAAUACAAGCAAAACCUUUGCAACAACAACAAAACACAAUGUCCGCUCACGUCUAAACACUGUUAUUUCUCUCUCGGCACCCCACUCCUUCGUACAUCAGUCCAUCCCCCUCUAACCACUUCAACUCGACCGUUAUUUCUGCAAUCUAUAAAAUGUCAACAAUAACAACAACUGUGGCCCCGCCGCCCACAACAACAACCACAGGUGGCGGUGGAGGAGGAGGAGGAGGCCGCACCGCCGAUUGCCGCAAAUUUUCACCGAAUAUCUUCAAUAAAAGCAAAUGCAGUCACUGCUUUCGUCAACGAGAGGAGCACUCGGCCGCCGCCUUGGAAUGCAAUAGGACGAUGGAACCAGCAUCGCGCAAGGUCUCCAAAUGCGGAUAUCUGUUUGUGGCACCCGACUGGGACUUUAGCAAUCCGUUGUACAGAACAAAGCGCUGGCAGCGACGAUGGUUUGUUCUCUACGAUGAUGGCGAGCUCACGUAUUCGGUGGAUGAUUAUCCCGAAACCAUACCGCAGGCCUGCAUUGACAUGACCAAAGUGCUGGAGGUGACCGGGGCCGUGGAGGUGACAGGUCAUCCCAAUUCCAUAGCCAUAACCGCACCGGAGCGCGUGACCUUCGUGAAGGGCACCAGCUCCGAGGAGUCGCAGUGGUGGCUCAACAUUCUGGCGGCCUUUCCCAAAUCCAAGGGUCGCCACAAGCGCAGCGCCACCCUGCCGGGCGGCCAGGUGGUUGGCAGCCUGCGGCAGUCGAGCAACAUGGACAUGUCCACGAAGCUGGGCAAUCGCCACAGCUCGUACCACAAGGACACGCUCACGUCCUCCCAGUCGGCGGGCAAUUUGCUGAGCAGCCUGGAUCUGAGUCCUAGCUCUACGAAUACCGGUGGAUCCACCACGGUGACCAAUACCCAGGGCACUGUGGACGACGACGAGGAGGAUGAUGGCGUGGAAACGGGCGAGGAUGUCGACGAAGAGGACGAGGAGGAUGUGCAGCCAAGGAAAUCGAAGGCAUCGACCAGCUGCAUCAUCGGACAGGAUGAGAACAAUCGAAAUGCCGGCAAUGAGAUCACAAAUCGGGUUUCCCAACCCAACACUUGCCUACUCAUCGAGGACAUACGCCGGGAUGAGAAGACCAUCAAGGACAUUGCCAACACCAUAACGAACCUAAGUCAACAGCAGAACAAACGCUGGUCCACGGCCGUCAAUAAUGCGCUGAACAAUCAGCACUCCUCCCAUUACCACAACCAUGGUCACGGACAGUACCAGACAUCGCGGGACGAGACGGAUUUCCAGGUAUCCUCCGCCAGCAACAACAACAACAGCAACAAGUCCCCGAGCAGCGGUGGAAGCGAGAGACCAAAGUCACUGCCACUGGCGGCCAACUCCACGCCGGCCAUCGUCUCGGCCAUAGUCAAGAAGAUACCCACGGUGAUGGUGUCCCAGCAGCAGCAACAGAAGCAGCAGCAGCAGCACCAGGGGGAUAGCCUCUCUAAGACGAAGACGCCGACACGGCUGCAGCUGCAGCUGAAGCCAGCGAAGCACUACCAGCACGAGCGAGGCGAUCCCGAUGGGGGCUGCAACAUGGACGAGCUGUGCCCCAACUACAUGGCCAAAACGGACGAGCUGCGAUCCGUGAAGGGAGGCCUCAGCAUCAAGUCCAGCUCCUCCUCCUCCUCCGGGGCGAGCAAACCCUCAGCCAAGGCCGCCACGGAGGAGUCGCUGAACGCCAAGAAGGGGUGGCUGAUGAAGCAGGACAACCGCACGGGCGAGUGGUCCAAGCACUGGUUCACCCUCAGCGGAGCGGCUCUGUUCUACUACCGCGAUCCGCUGUGCGAGGAGCGGGGCGUCCUGGACGGAGUGCUCGACGUGAACAGCCUGACGAAUGUCCUGCCAGAGCCGAGUGCCAGCAAGCAGCACGCCUUCCAGCUGAUCACCUGGGACAAGCAGCGCCUGCUGCUGGCCAGCCUCUCGCCCAGCUCCCGCAACAGCUGGCUGGCGGUGCUCCGCAGUGCCGCCGGUCUGCCCCAGCAGCUGGACACGACGACGCCCACGACGGGCGCCAAGCAGACGGACAUCGAGCAGGACUUUAUCAAGGCGCAGCUGCAGCCUGUGGCGAGUCCGGCCACCACGCCGGGCACCCCCGCCGGGACAGGACCCCACUUCUCGUCCGACGAGGAGUACCGCACCGCCUCGGAGGGCGGGCGCAGGGACAGCCUUGACUGGGGCUCCCCGCUGUCGCCAUCCCCGCCCGUGCUCCGCAGCUGCCUGCGCAACCGCAGCCUCGCGAGCCUCCACAAGCGCAGCCGCAGCUCUCCGCCCAGCUCCAGGCGCAGCACCGUCGACAGUGUGGCCAGCGACGAGCUGCCCCUCCUGGUGGUGCCCGAGGAGCUGCUGCAGCCGGAUCGGGAGCUCAAGCAGCAGUGCGAGACGCUGCGUGCAGAGGCCACCCUGCGGGAAGCACGAAUGUCGGAGCUGCUGACGACCCUGCAGCGGACGGAGCAGCAGCUGACGGCCCGCCUGCAGGAGCAGCAGCAGCAGCUCAACGGAGAGCUGGCGCAGGCCAAGCAGAGUGCCGCCGAGCUGAUGCACAGCCUCAGUCUGCAGCUGUCGGAGAGCCAGUGCAAGAUCAAGCAGCUGGAGGACCGCCUGGCGCAGGGCAUCGAGGAGAACGAGAGCCUGUACAAGCGACUGCGGGAGCUCCAGGCGGAGGGCAGCCAGGUGGCGAGCCUCAGCAAUCUGCAGCGCCACAAAAUGAAGCGCAUGGACUCGCUGAGCGACCUCACGACCAUCAGCGACAUCGAUCCGUACUGCCUGCAGCGGGACUCCCUGGCGGAGGAGUACAACGAGCUGCGGUCGCGCUUCGAGAAGGCCGUCAACGAGAUUCGGGCCAUGAAGCGGGAGCUGAAGCAAUCCCAGAACCAAUACGACGCCCUGGAGCUGGCCCAGGCGGCGUUGCAGCAGAAGCUGGAACGCUGCCAACUGGAGGAUGGGGCGCAGCUUCAACUGAUGGCCGCCCGCAUCCAGGAUCUGACUCUCAAGUACAGCAGCUCGGAGCGACAGGUGCGAGCCCUCAAGCAGAAGCUGGCCAAGUCCGAGCGCAGGCGAUCGCUGUCGCUCAAGGGAAAGGAGCAGCUGGAGCUGAAGCUCAGUGAACUCCAGAGGGAGACGAUCGAGCGCAAGUCGGUGGAGAGCAUCAGUCCGCCCACAGAGUCCUCGAGCAGCGAGUCUGCGAGCCAGUCCCCACUGAAUGCCCAUCUCAUACAGCGUCUGCACAGCCUGGAGCAUGUGCUGCUGGGCAGCAAGGAGCGCCUCGAGCAGAGUCUCACGCAACUCCAGCAAAUCCGCGCAGGACAGAGGAGUCGUCGCUCCGUUUCCCCCAUGAAUGACAGGAAGGAUGGCCUGCGGCAGCUGGAACGCGCUCUGGCCGAGACCUGCGUGAUGGUCAGCGAGCAGAUGGAGCUGACCUGCGUCCAGGAUGCCUGCCACAAGUGCUGCGACCUUCGACAGCGGGUGGAGAAGCUCUCGGCCCUGCAACAGCAGACCGAAACGGAUCUGCAGCGCAGCGAACAGCUGCUGGAACAACGAGAGAGCGACCUCGCCCAGGCCCUGGAGAAGUGCGCCAGCCAGGAGCAGGAACAGGAGCUGCUCCUCCGACAGCGUAACGAACUGAGCGACGAGCUGGGCAAACAGCAGGAGCGCUGCAAGCGCCUCGAGAAGCGUCUGGAGCUGCUCGAACGGGAGCACGGAAAGCAGCUGGAGUGCCUGCGAGAGGUGUACCACAACGAGCAUGUCAAUGCGGCCGACGAGCAGAGCUUCCGUAAACGCUACCAACUGGAAAUCGAACAGCUGAGGACGCUCUGCGAGAAGGGGCUGAGUGCCAUGGAGACCUCGCAUCGGAGAAUCACCUGCGAUCUGGAGCAGCAGCACAAGCUGGAAAUCGAGCGACUGCUGGCCGAAAAGGAGACCGCUUUGGCAGAGGAAACUCAGGCAACACUGGCUGCUCUGGAUGCCAUGCGUAAGGCCCACCAGAGCGAAGUGCAACGCGAGGUGGCACGCUUCAAGCAGGAGUUCCUGCGACAGGUCCAGCGGGGAGAGCACAUGCGGGAAGAUGGCACCACGCUGAAAGAAGAGGAACUCGAAGAACUUCGCCUGGAAAUUUUAUCGUUUUCCGAGAAGUACUCCAUCAAGUGUGUGGAAAAUGCCGCCCUGGAGGAGAAACUGCACUUGGCCAACAGCAGAUUGAGGCACUUUCAGCAGAUGCAACAGCUGGAACUGAGAAAUAAGCAAUUUCGUGCCCAUUUGGCAUCGGAGGAUCCAGCGAAUGAUGUGCAUUUUGUGCAGGGCCUGACCACGGAUCACACCAGAGAGGGUGCCCACUGUGAAGAUAGCGAGCCUGUACCAAUCGAACCCGUACCCGUACCCACAGUACAGUGUGCACCAGAAAUAGUGGCUGAACCAAGAACCACAACCACAUUGGGAACAAGCAGCGAUACCGAAUCGAUACCGAACCCCCAGAACCCAGACCCAGCGCCAGCACCAGUGCCAGCGACAGCGCCAGCCAAUGAAUUCGUGGAGCAAAGCCUUUUCGUGAUACCCUCCCAUAUGCUAAAUUGUUCCCCAGUGCCCGCCGCAAACCAAAACCAAAAUCAAAGCCCAAACUCUUCUGAUCAGAUGCGAGCGAUCCAGAGCGAGUAUCCAGCGCUCGAGGACGGCUACGAGCCGUGCUACCGGCCGUUCGAUAUAUUUGCCAUCUAUCAGAAUCGUUUGAGCUUCCAAGGUCUAAGAGGCAGCUCGACGUUUGGCAAAAGUCUGCGAAAAUCCACAGCACAGACAGCAUCACCAGCAUCAUCAGAAUUAAUAGCACCCAGAUACAGCAGCAGCACCCAUACAGCACCGACAACCAAUCCAAAUAAGCCCAGUCACAAGCAAAUGUUUAAAACGGCUGCCGUCAUUAACAUGCAACUCCACGAAGAAAAAGCACAAUGAACAAAAUGAAAAUGCAGAAGAAAAUGCAGAAGAAAAUGCAAUAACCAAGAGCAAACGACAAACGACAACAAAAACAAAAAACAGAACCAGUGGAACAACCAAAGAAUAAUUAGUGCUAAUACUAAAUAAAUAAUUAUAAAUAUUUAAAAUAUAUUAAUAACCAAGCAACCAAAUCAAAAUCAAGCGGCACAACACAUCAUGAUGUAUGUACAUAUGCGAAUAACAUCUAUAUCUAACAGAGCGCAAAACUGGUUGAGAAGAUCAUAAGGAAGGAAUGAUGAUGAUGAUGAUGGUGAUGAUGAUGAUGUUGGUGAUGUUGCAGCGUAACCGCCCCAUCCCUGAAAUUGAUUGAAAGAGAGCUACCAAAUGAGGAGUUCCACUAGCCCCGACUGUUCACCCCCUUCCAAGGCAUACUGGAAGGGACGUCGAGCAAUGGACAACAAAUCAAACUAACCCCCCAACAUACAUGGCAGCAAUGUUGCUGCCGCGUCAUCAAGAAACCACAAUUUUGGGCCAAAUUUAUGUAUUUAUCGUCUAUCUAUUCUACCAUUGUAUCUGUAUGUUAUUCUAUUGUACGUUUACCCAAUUCUCUAUGUCCACAAAAUGUGUCAUUUAUUUAUGAUUAUGUAGUUCUUAGGUCCUCGAGUAGUACUUUUGACAAACAGAUAUCUGCUCUAAGUUGCUUUCGACAACUUGUUCUGUUUGUUUUCGUUUUUUUUUUUCUGAUGUGUAUUUCGAUGCCUUAACCUGCACCGAACUCAGCUUCGUGUGGCACCAAUGACUCCUCCUGGGAGGAGGCACCGCCAGGUCUUUGAAUGCUGCUCUGGCGGAGGAAGCCGAGGUCGGUAAAGGUUCAGGUUCCACCCUAAAUUCCACCUAAAUUAAUGCAAUUUUAAUCUAGCUAAUUAAGCGGGGCAACAACAAAUGUUAAUAUUAUUUACCCAUUAAGUCGUUAUUUGUGCAACAAAAAUAAAUUCUAUAAGCAAUGUUUAUAAUUUGACAA